AUGGGCGGCACGGAGGCGGAGCCGUGGGGGCGGGUUCCCUGCCCCGCUGUCGGCGGCCGGCGGACAGGCGACUCCUGUCCAGAGUGGAGGCAGCGGAGCCGGAGCCGGGGGAGGGGGCAGCGGCUGCUGGACCGACCGCGGCAGCGCCCGCACUCCUCAGCGGUGAGGGCAGCACCCCCACUGCAGGAGGCCCGAGGCGCCUUCCGGAGCUUCGCGCACCGCUGGGGAGAAGACUUCUUAGCCAGCUUGAUGUUUAAAAUUCAGCUGGAACCCUUAAAACUUCGAGCGUGGACGCUGAAUGGGUUUGUGAAGUUUCGGAACAAGGAGACCAGUGCCGGGCCUGUGGCUGUGAUGGGAAAGGAUUAUUACAAGAUUCUUGGGAUCCCUUCGGGGGCCAACGAGGAUGAGAUCAAGAGAGCCUAUCGGAAGAUGGCCUUAAAGUACCACCCGGACAAGAACAAAGAGCCCAAUGCCGAGGAGAAGUUCAAAGAGAUUGCUGAGGCCUAUGAUGUGCUGAGUGACCCAAAGAAACGGGGCCUGUAUGACCAGUAUGGGGAGGAAGGCCUGAAGACAGGCGGCGGCUCCUCAGGCGGCUCCAGCGGCUCUUUCCACUACACCUUCCAUGGGGACCCCCACGCCACCUUUGCCUCCUUCUUCGGCGGCUCCAACCCCUUCGACAUCUUCUUUGCCAGCAGCCGCUCCACCCGGCCCUUCGGUGGCUUUGACCCGGAUGACAUGGAUGUGGACGAAGACGAGGACCCAUUUGGUGCUUUCGGCCGCUUUGGCUUCAACGGGCUGAGCAGGGGUCCAAGGCGAGCCCCGGAGCCACUGUACCCUCGGCGCAAGGUACAGGACCCACCCGUGGUGCACGAACUGCGGGUGUCCCUGGAAGAGAUCUACCAUGGCUCCACCAAGCGCAUGAAGAUUACCAGGCGGCGCCUGAACCCCGACGGGCGGACUGUGCGCACCGAGGACAAGAUCCUGCAUAUAGUCAUCAAGCGUGGCUGGAAGGAAGGGACCAAGAUCACCUUCCCCAAAGAGGGUGACGCCACGCCUGACAACAUCCCUGCUGACAUCGUGUUUGUGCUCAAAGACAAGCCCCAUGCGCACUUCCGCCGAGACGGCACCAACGUGCUCUACAGUGCCCUCAUCAGCCUCAAGGAGGCACUAUGUGGCUGCACCGUGAACAUUCCCACCAUCGAUGGCCGAGUGAUCCCUUUGCCCUGCAAUGAUGUCAUCAAGCCAGGCACCGUGAAGAGACUCCGUGGGGAGGGGCUUCCCUUCCCUAAGGUGCCCACCCAGCGGGGAGACCUCAUUGUUGAGUUCAAAGUCCGCUUUCCAGACAGAUUAACACCACAGACGAGACAGAUCCUUAAGCAGCACCUGCCCUGCUCCUAGGUUCUGCCCGGCCAGCCCAGACUCUGCCACAGCAAUACCCCCGCCACCCCACUCAGUGUGCACCCAGGGCUCAGUGUCCAUGGGACACUGGCAACUUUUUCUAAACGCAAAAACAGCCCACUGGUUUUCAGGAGACUGUUCCUGUCCCUGACCCCUUAGAGCUGGGCUGCCAUGGGGAGCGGGGGGAAGUGGGGGGAGCUGGCCCAGGCCAAAGGUCACUUUUCAUGUCACUAGCUUUGAAUCCAGUUCCCACUCCAGUCAGUGGCUGGAGAGUGGCCUGGGUGCUACCUGCAGACAGAGUCCUUGUCCACGCCUGUAAAUAGCAUGUCCUCCCUCUCCCAGCCUCGCUAACACC